CAACGGGUGAAUCAGCCAGAGCAAAAAAGGGAAGCUAGAACCACUUGCCUUUGGGGAUCUGGCCAGGACAGGAGCAUCUGGCCUCUGCGGGUCAGCAGGGACAGGAUCAGACUCUGUGUCAGCUCCAGAUCAGGCCACCCCCACUCCAGAGAUGGCCCAUGGCAGGAGCUUCCGGAGAGCUUACUCCCUCCGCACCCCCAAAUCCCCCAGCCUCCUGGAUUCUACCUACGGCCGACUGGAGGAUAAGACAGAGAGCUCGGACAAGGCUAAGCAGAGGGCAAAGAGGAGAGCUGUGAGCCUGAGGGGGUGGAAGAGUGGAGUGGAAGAGUCCCCAGCUGAGAGGACCCCCACCCCAGGGGAGAUGCCCCACUCACUAAGCCCCGAUGAUGGGGAGCUGCUGAUCGGCGAGGCUCAGAGCAAGGGCUCUCACAGGAUGAAGCAGUGCAAGAAGCAGGUGGACCGAGCCCUGCGCAGAGGCUGGGAGACCUUUGUGGCUAACCUAUACAGCGUGACACUGAGCCGCCCAGCUCCCCCCUCCGAGGCUGCCCCCUUGCGGUGAGAACAUGUUGAGGAACCAGAAGAAGAAACAAUGACUCUGGGUGGCUGGGCCACCCCCAGAGACAUGAACUUCCUAGAGCAGCAUCAGCCACUGAUCUGGCUGCAUUGGGGACAGGGUGCUUUUUUAUAACGACUGGAGAGGGGCCUGGGCCACCCAUCCGGAUCUGUCCCCCAAUCGAUCUGUCCCCCAACACUGAUCCAUCAUCCGUCCAUCCCCAUAUACACCUCUCUGUGUGCCCUCAUAUACACUUAGCUAUCCAUCCAUCCAUCCCCACAGACACCCAUCUGUCUAUCCCCAUAUACACCUGUCUAGCCAUCCAUCCCCACAGGCCCCCAUCUGUCUAUCCCCAAAUAUACCGGUCUAGCUAUCCAUCCCCAUAGACAUCCCUCUGGCUAUCCCCAUAUACACCUAUCCAUUCAUCCAUCCCCACAGACACCCAUCUGUCUAUCCCCAUAUACAACCUAUUUAUCCAUACAUGCCCCUCUAUCUAUCCCCCUAUACACCUAUCCAUCCCCAUAGACACCCGUUCCAUUUGCCUAUCCCCACAUAGGUCUAUCCAUCCAUCCCGAUACACCUCUCUCUCUCUAUCGAUACAUCUCUAUCUACCUGCACAUGCAUCCUCCUCCUUACCUUCAUACAUACCUGUCUCUCUAAGUUUCUCUCCCAUGGUCCAGGGUGGCUGGAGUACAAGUUCCCAGCCUGGCCCCCUCGCUGGUAACCUGGGAACAGAAAUCUCAGCUCCGACUACAUUUCUCCUGCUAGGCCUCCAUCCAAACCCGUAACCAUCGGU